GUUCAUAUCCAUCCUCAUUUUGCCAUUGAUCAAUCAGCUUUCGAUCGCAUUGAUGUCGAAAUUGCUGCCUAUCUUUCUCAGCUAGGUGUUUCCUUACCAAAUUUAACUGGCCAACAGCCUCCUGCAAUUUCUUCUGCUCAGCCUGUUAAUUUAACGACAGCGAUUACUACAUCGCCUACGCAUUCUUCAUCGAAUGCCGUCUUUAGACCACAGACUUCUUCGUCUAGUCGUGCUACUGGUUCAACUCAAACUGCGAGGGCGAGGAAACGUCGUUCUCCGGAUGUCCUGAUCGGUAACAGCCAAGGUAACCGUGGCGUAGGAGAUGCGUCUGGGCAGGGCGAAUCAAGUUCAGAGAGUGAGAUUACUUUGCCGACUACGAUAGCAAAUACUGGCUCUUGUCUGUCAAACAAGAGGCAUCGGCUCGAGCAACCUCGCAAAUCUGGUACUAAGGCCUCUGAAGAUGAUGCAGAGUUGGCUGGAGAAGAGGAAGGAGAAGUAGAGGAAGAAGAAGUUUGUAAUGGUGAAGACGAAACUGAAGAUCACCACACUACCCUGAAUUUCCGAUCCGGACGCUCACCUUGCAACACUAGACGCCGUAAACGUGGACGACCACGUUCCACGCCUUGCGAAUUGCCAGGGACCACUCGCCAUAAGACCUGGUGCACCGAGUUGUGUCCUUUUUUGGCAAGCUUAGCGUGGCGUGACCGCAUCUGCUGUUCACAUUGCCCCUCUCCUUUCGAUCGGCGAAUCCGACUUGACCCUAUCCCGGAUCUCCCUCAUGGUCCCCUAGAUCCGUUUCGUAUCUUUCUGGUUGACCGAUUUCACUCGGUUCCAGUUUUAGUGUUUUUUUUACUCCAGGCGCUAUUUCUCAAGCCUUUAGAAGCACGUACACUUACCUCACUGAACAGAGCCCCUAGGUUCUAA